ACCACAGCGGCUGCCUGUACAGUAAGAACCCAAUAUGGCAGCGGCGUUAGCAGUGGCAACAGCAGCAGGACCGGCCGCCCCGUAGACCCCCCCCCUCACUGCGCGCCUCCGCGGCCGCUCCUCGGCUGAGUUGCUUCUCCGGUCCGACUUUCCCUUUCUCCCACCUUUCCCGGCACCGCGGGAAAAGCAGUGCAGGGCGCAGCAGGCAAGGAAGGCAGCCGGAGCCAGGGCACGGAAGCCUCCGAGUCAGUUCAAGACCCGACAUGAGGGAAAAGGGCCGUAGGAAGAAGGGCAGGACCUGGGCGGAGGCCGCCAAGACGGUCUUAGAAAAAUAUCCUAAUACACCUAUGAGUCAUAAAGAAAUUCUUCAAGUUAUCCAGAGAGAAGGGUUAAAGGAAAUCAGAAGCGGGACUUCCCCUCUUGCAUGCUUAAAUGCAAUGCUGCACACAAACUCCCGAGGUGAAGAAGGAAUCUUCUAUAAAGUCCCAGGUAGAAUGGGAGUGUAUACUUUGAAGAAAGAUGUGCCAGAUGGAGUGAAAGAACUGUCAGAAGGUUCAGAAGAAAGCAGUGAUGGUCAGUCAGAUUCUCAGAGCUCUGAGAACAGCAGCAGCAGUGAUGGUGGCAGCAACAAAGAGGGGAGAAAGAGCAGGUGGAAGAGGAAAGUAUCAUCUAGACUGUCACAGCCAUCCUCUCCCCAGUCGGGCUGCCCAUCACCCACCAUUCCAGCAAGUAAAGUCAUUUCUCCAUCACAGAAGCACAGCAAGAAGGCAUUAAAGCAGGCCCUGAAGCAGCAACAGCAGAAGAAGCAGCAGCAACAGCAGCAAUGCAGAUCAAGCAUGUCCAUCUCCAAUCAACACCUCUCUCUCAAGACUGUCAAAGCAGCCAGUGACUCUCUACCUGCCAAACCCGCUUUAUGGGAAGGAAAGCAAUCUGAUGGACAGUCAAGCAGUCCCCAGAACUCAAACUCCAGCUUUUCUUCCUCAGUGAAAGUGGACAGUUCUCUUCUAGGCUUGGGGAAGAAGUCUUUCCAGAGGUCUGACAGACUCCACACAAGACAAAUGAAAAGGACUAAAUGUGCUGACAUUGACGUUGAGACCCCCGACUCCAUUCUGGUUAAUACUAAUCUUCGAGCACUAAUUAACAAGCACACCUUUUCACUUCUUCCUGGAGAUUGCCAACAGCGCCUACUUUUACUGCUUCCAGAGGUGGAUCGACAGGUUGGUCCAGAUGGGUUGAUGAAAUUGAAUGGCUCAGCCCUUAACAAUGAGUUCUUCACCUCUGCAGCUCAGGGCUGGAAGGAAAGACUCUCAGAAGGUGAAUUUACUCCUGAAAUGCAGGUGAGAAUUCGUCAAGAGAUCGAGAAGGAAAAGAAGGUAGAGCCAUGGAAAGAACAAUUCUUUGAAAGCUACUAUGGUCAGAGUUCUGGUUUAAGCCUUGAAGAUUCACAGAAACUGACAGCUUCCCCUAGUGAUUCCAAAGUAAAGAAAAUCCCUGCUGAGCAACCAAAAUCCAUAUUUCCUUCAGAGGCCUCUCCAGCCAGAAACUUCUCAGUAGUUCGCCAUUCAGAGUGUAAAGAAGAAGCAGUGCAAAUACCAUCACCAUUCAGAAAAGAAGAAGAAAACCAAGAGGAGGCACAGCCAAACUCUACAUCCCCAGAACCCAUCCUUGCGUCAGCCAGCGAUACAAACGAGCUUAUCACCAUGACGUCCCUCAAGUGCCCUAAAGAUGAGGGACUCUUAGAGCAGAAACGAGUUGUCUGUGCUGAACAAGAGUCUGAGAAAGAAAAUCAUGUCACUAUAACUUCUAAUUAUAACAAAAAUGAGAACCAAGAAGUGUUAGCUACAUCCCCAAGCAAAUCCAAAACUUCUGGGUUAGAAAAGCCUAUAACAAAGCCUGUUGCAGAAGCUGGUCCACUGGACCCAGAUGUGAAGAUGCCUCCAACAUCUCUUACUGAUCAGAUCCCAGAAAGUCUGAAAAGGAAAUCUUCUCUUACCCAAGAAGAGACGGCUUGCAGCUGGGAGAAAAGACCACGUAUCACUGAAAACCACCAUCACCAUCACCAGCAGCCAUUUCAGGUCUCGCCACAGCCCUUUCUUAAUAGAGGGGACAGGGUACAAGUGCGAAAAGUACCACCUCUCAAGAUCCCGGUCUCCAGAAUCUCCCCGAUGCUGUUUUCUACAUCGCAGGUCUCUCCCAGGGCUCGUUUUCCAAUCUCCAUCACUAGUCCUUACAGAACAGGAGCCAGAACUCUUGCAGACAUCAAAGCAAAAGCCCAGUUGGUCAAAGCACAGAGGGCAGCAGCCGCAGCAGCCGCUGCAGCUGCUGCAGCCGCCUCAGUUGGAGGGACCAUUCCAGGACCUGGCCCUGGGGGUGGACACAGUCCAAGAGAGGGUGGCGAAAAGAAAACUGAUGCAGGAGGGAGUCCAGGCUCAGACAGAGUCAGUGCAACUGGACAGGGUCCCACACUGGAACUGGCAGGAACUGGAAGCAGGGGAGGUAUGCGAGAGCUUUUACCCUGUGGUCCCCAGCCUGAGACCCAUACACCAGGCCAGUCCCAGCCUCCUGGUGUCUCUGGAGCACAAUUACAGCAAACCUCCUCAGUGCCUACAGCACACACCAUCAGUGGAGCAUGCACAAGCCUCCCAUUACCUGCCCACAUAGAGAAACUAAACAGUGGAAAGCUGAACCCCCACCAGGCAACAGCCACACCAGCCUCUCCUUGCCACCCAAAAGACAUGAGUAGUUACAGACAGGAAAAAGCUCCUUCUCCAGAAGGGCCUGCUCUCAUCUCAACAGCUUCACCUGUUUGUUUUGUAGCUGAUGGCACAGUUGAACACAAAGCAGGUUCUAAUAAGAAUGCACCAAAGCCUUCAGCCUCAGCAAAGGCAGCUGCUUCUGCUCGACUGGAUAUGACCUCCCCCUCUGCAACAUCCUUAUUGACAAGAGCCAGUUUAGAAAAACUCUCUGUACCCCCAGUCAGUGGAACUGCAGCAUCUACUGGAUCAGCUUCAUCCUCAAGCACUUUGCCAGUGGCUUCUAGCCUUAAAUCCCCAGGAACUUCUGCAAAUAUGAACGGACCCAUUUCAAGACCAAGUUCUAGUAUCCCUGCUAAUAAUCCUUUAGUUACUCAGCUGCUCCAGGGCAAAGAUGUUCCCAUGGAGCAAAUUCUGCCUAAACCUCUCACCAAAGUUGAAAUGAAAACAGUCCCAAUGACUACAAAAGAGGAGAAGGGGGUAGGAGCAUUCCCUGGUACCAAUGUGAUGGAAGGCAGCACCAGAGAGGAAGUUAAUGGCAGGCAGGCGUAUCUGGCUCUCCAGCAGCUGGGGAAACCCUUGCAGAGUAAACAGCUUCCCCAGGUCCCAAGGCCAGUCUUCGAAGCUAAGGACUCUUGCAGUGACACUCACCAGUACCCAGAAGGACUAAGUAAAACAACUCAAGAUCAGCUUUUUCAGACUCUCGUUCAGAGGACUCAGAGACAGAGCGUUCUUUCAUUUGUGCCACCCUCUCAGUUCAACUUUGCUCACUCAGGUUUCCAAUUGGAAGACAUAUCCACAAGGCAGAAAUUUAUGCUGGGCUUUGCUGGCAGGAGGACAUCCAAGCCUGCAAUGGCAGGUCACUAUUUACUUAAUAUUUCCACCUAUGGCCGGGUUUCAGAGAGUGUUAGGAGGACCCAUUCUGUAAAUCCUGAGGAGCGAUUUUGUCUAAGUAGCCCCACUGAAGACUUGAGAAUGGGCUAUGCAGAUUGUAGAAACACAACUGGAGACAGCAGCAGCAGCAAAGACGAUGAAACUGAUGAAGAGAGUGUGGGAGAUGAGAAGGAGCCUGUGUCAGUGAAGGAGGAGCCCUGGGCUUCUCAGAGUUCUGGCAAGCAUCUCCACAGUGGGGAAACUUCGUCCACCAUUGAUUGUUUAGCUAGCAAGAAUGGUAAGGCUGAGGCAGCGAUGAGUGAGCAAACCACUGCAGGCAAGGAGAAUUGCAUGUUCUCUAGAGGCCAAACAUUUGAUGAAAAGACCCUACCCAGAGAUUUUAUUCAGGCAGCACAUAAACAAAUGGCUCACGGUGUGAGAGGUAAGACAGUAUGUAGCAGCCCCGAGAUUUUCAAUUCUACUGCUCUUUCUCUCCCUGCAGACAGUCCCACACACCAGCCUCUACUCCUUCCGCCACUGCAAACCCCCAAAUUGUAUGGAAGCCCCACACAGAUAGGGCCAAGCUAUAGAGGCAUGAUUAAUGUCUCAACCUCAUCAGACAUGGACCAUAGCCCUGCUCCACCAGGUAGUCAGGUAUCUAGCAAUGUAGGGGAUGUUAUGUCAUUUUCAGUGACUGUCACUACCAUCCCUGCUAGCCAAGCUAUGAAUCCCAGCAGCCAUGGCCAGACAAUUCCUGUUCAGACCUUUCCUGAUGAGAACAGCAUUGAGGACGCGCCUUCAAAAUGUUACUGCCGGUUGAAAGCCAUGAUCAUGUGCAAGGGAUGUGGCGCUUUCUGUCAUGAUGAUUGCAUUGGGCCCUCCAAACUGUGUGUCUCCUGCCUCGUCGUUCGGUAAUAAGACUACAGCAAAUGUAAAAGGAGGGAAGGGUAGGCUUAACAAGACGUAUUCUUGCACCCUUUUGAAAUCACAGAAAUAAAGUUUCAGUUGUCUCAAGAGACAUUAAUCAGGAAUGCAGAAUGCAGGUCUUCACAUUGACAGGAAGAGCACCUUGUAUAGUAAGUGAGUCGAGUAGGACUAUGAAUUGGUGACAAGUUUGCACUUAAAAAAUCAUGUAAAUAUGUCACAUUUUGUUUUAACAUUGUUUUCCAAGAAUUUAGGUAAUGAUGUGUUAACUUCACAUUCAGAUUUAUGUUCCAUUUCUUUUGACUCUGAAAAUAGUUGAGUGGUAUGCAUGGUGAAAGGAAACUCUGCCUCUGUCCUCUCCUAGGGUGGUGAAAGGGAAAGAAUGGUCAGGAAGUGACCAUCAUGCUGAUUAUGUCUUCACAGAUAACAUGCCUUUGUGGGGUUUAGAUUAGGGUUUACUCAUCCCUUCACUUUAGGUGGAACCAUUUCAAGUGGAAUUUUUAAAAGGUAUUCACAUCCCAGUGUUUUUGAUCCUGACAGUCCUGAGUUACCUUUUGCCUUCCAUGAAUCAGUACUGUUGUCAAGCAGAGCUCUGUUUCCUAGUCAGUGAAUGUUAUUUAAGAAGGGUCUGCCUCCAAGGGACUCCUCUAUUAGUCUAAUCUGUGCAUGGCAUUAGUUCCAGCAAUAAUGCAUCCUGAUACUGCAUCAUUCAUGGGUUCCCACAAACAGGUCUGAAAUACCAGUGUAAAAUAAAAUGCACACACGCAUUAGUGAUUGGUGUGUGUGUGUGUGUGAGAGAGAGAGAGAGAGAACACGAGAGAACUGUGUGUCUUGUUGGCAAAGGAAUGAAACUGAAAAAACUUAACUGAAACUUCAGGAAUUUGAAAGAAUGAUUUUAACAUUGGACACAAAAAAAUAUUUUCCUUUCCUAUUCUAUCUCAAAACAAUUCCAGGUAGAAAUGCUCUUCGGUGGUAACCUCAUUUCUGCUUUGACAUUUUGACAUCCCAGGCAUGAGAUGAUGAUGCAGUGAUCCUAUGCCAUCCUACCACACCACAUGUUUGCACCUCAUACAGUGAGAAAGAAGACAGUUUGCUGUUUCUGCUUUUCUAGAAUUUCUGCUGUCUGGACAGCAAGGAUGCCUGAUGUGAAAGGGCGUUAUGAGUGACUAAUCAAAUACCUGGCUGUGAAAUUUCACAGUUUUUCUUUCUUUUUUAUUAUUUUUAAAAUCCUUUUCCCAGCACCCUGGAUUCAGUGGCAUGCUGAUCUCUGAGUUCAGUGCCAACCUGGUCUUCAUAAUGAGUUUCAGGACAGGAUAUAAAGAAACCUUGUCUCCAAAAACAUAAAUUAAUAAAUAAGUUUGUUUUUAAAAAGAAUAAAACAAAAAAUAAAACCCUUCUCUAGUUGGUGGAUGUGGUAAUACACAAUUCAAAUCUCAGUGCUUGGGAGUCAGUCGGGCGGGUCUCAGCCAAUAUGCUCAAAAGUAAGUUUAUGGCACACAAACACUGUCUUUAAAACAAAAGAACUAGUGACAAACUUUAAGUGAAUACUGCUUAAAUCGCUGUAAAGGACGGUUUAAGGAAAACAUCAGUUCAUCUGAUGUUCUAAUAUCAAAUAGUCUGUAUUGACUGAUUUCAAGUCUCUUAAUUUGAAGUGUGUGAUGAUAUAAUAUUGCAACCCCAUACAGGUGGGUUUCAAAAGCUAUAAAACUCAGGACAAUUUAACUGUUCAUACAUCACAGGAAGGAGACAGGAAUGUGUCUUGCCUGCCGUGUGGUGCUCACCCCUGGCCAUCACACACAUGUGCUUCCUCAGUCUUUGCUCUAAACUCUGUGAAACUCACUUUUCCUGCUCUUGUGGCCCUAAACAGUUACAGGCUCACAUCCUGUGCUGCAGAACCAGACAAGACAGUGUGAUGUCUUUCCAUCUUCUUUUUAUUCCAGUAAAUGCACAGCUAGUGGAAAACAAUGGCUGCGAGAAUUGAGGGUUAAGAAGUACAUACGUUCUGAAGUGAAGGAGGAGAAGGAAAUAGUAGCCAGGGUUCUGGUCCCAAACCUUCAGGACCAUGGGUAGAAGACUCUUAUCUGAGUCUUAUCCUUGUCUUAUCCUGCUGGAAGAGGGUGAGUUUGUAUUGGUGAAAGAAUUUCUAUUUUCUACCUUGCUUACUAGGAAGAUUUUGCUCACUGGUUUCCUUAAUCUGGGACUGGGCGGGCAGGAUCGAGGUAUUAGAGACUGUCAGGUCCAUAUAAAGACCACAUAGUUCCUCUUACCUUGAUCCAAGCUCCAGCUGUAUAAGGACCAAGUAUUGCUCUUCACCUGACUCCACUAAGUAAAACCCAGCUAAUUUCCAUCCUCCUAUUCCAAAAGCAGAACUUGCCAGCUAGGUACACUGCCUCAGACUUGACAAGAACGCAUUUUUUCUUACAUUGAAAAUAUAUUAAAUAUGAAUCUAUUUAAAUGGUUUGUUUUAAAAUAUGGUUUCAGAUGGAAGAGGAACACUCAUAAAUGAACAGGGAAAAAAAUAGUUGAGUCUGGCCCUUUAAGUUGAAUUUGGUACUUCAGUAAACGUUAACACAUUUUUAAUCAUAACUUUUUGGUAGUUUUUUUAACCUUUCAGUUAACAUGAAAUGGUUCAGUGUUUAGCUAAUUCUUUGGGCAAUUUCCAGUGAGGUUUUAAAUAUCACACCUGAUACACAUACCAGUAUGCCCUCUCCAGCCUUAAACCACUUCUGCAAGUCACCUCUGGGAGAGUAUUCAUGAUGCAUCAUCUCAGGGUAAUUUAUAAGUGUUCUGAGUUGCCUAAGAUGAACACUCCCUGAAUCAUAAAGAAUUUUUUUUAAAUAAUCAAUUCUUUAUCCUAUUAAUUUAAGGGGGAGCACAAAUAACAUGGAGUUGUUUGUCCUGCUUCAGUUCCUUAACCCCUGUGCUCAAGACACUGAAGCUGCACCAGUGUUGUAUGUGGCAUUUCUUAAGAGUGAGAGCUGGCGAAUGUGGGAGCUUUUCUUGGGGUGGGAAGGCUGCACUUACCUGGGUAUAGAGAUGUGGAUAUUUGAGAGUCUAUCUCAAAUGUAGAUUAACAGCCAAAGGAAGACCUCACUGCCUUCCAGGUGAAUGUGUGAUGUCCCACAUAGAACGGGCCCAUCAGUUACCGUUCUCUUUGCUCCAUACUGCUUUCCUCCAUGUUAGAAAACUUCAAAGCUCUUUGAUUAAAGGGUUUGUUAGAAAGAGGGAUUCGCUCUGGUCACAUGUUUGUUUUAGAGCUCAUUGCUAGUGAACAGUGUCAGUUUUCUCUCUGGCAUCACAGAACAAGGAGAAGGAAGCUUCCUGUUGCAUUACAGCAAUGUGUACUAAGUGGAAAACUUGGCCAUGGGUAGUUUUGCAGCUCAACUUAUAGAACAGUCCAAAGAGACUUUGUGAAACAUGAUGACAGGCAGGGACCUUUUCCUAUGUUUCAAUACCUAAAUACCUAUUGAACAAAACAGUAGGUAGACAUUUCCUAAAGUUGAAGCAAGAGCUUCAUAGAGUCUUGGUUACUUUAUUUUUUUUAAUGCUUUACAUUUGAUACAACUAUUAAAGAUCAAUUUUAAAAUAACUUUCCAGUAAUAUAUUUUAAGUAAUAUAUAUUUUAAUAUCUAUGUAAAAAGUGACAGUAGAAGACAGAAUUUCUCAUAUAUGGUAUGUUUAAUGUAGGAUCUCAUUGCUAAGGCACAAAUUAUUUCAAAAGAGUUGCUCUAAAACUACUCAGAUUAUUCCCCCCCCCAAAAAAAAGGAAAGAAAAGGAAAAAUGCAAUAAGGGGAAUGAUUGGGGGGCUUUAUUUUUUAUUUUAAAAGAAAAUUGACUUAUUUACCACAAACUAUUUUUCCCUCACUGGUGAUAAGGUUUGUACAGACUGGUUUGGUAAAUGCUCAAUUUUUGUGUCUUUUGCCUUUUUAAAGGGAUUGUUAACAUUGGAAUUGAGGGUAUGUACAGAGAAGUUGGUGUCAACACCAUUUAAUAAGUCAUAUUUUUUCACAAAUAAGGAAAAAUCAUUUUAAUAAGAAUUUUAAGUAUUUGCAAUAAAUAUAUGUAUAUAGAUUGUAUGUAUUCAUAUAUUAUUUUUCAUUUUAUUAUUAAGUAAAAGAUAAUUAAAAGUGAAAUUUAAAACCUUGUAGUUUUUUGAUGAGUCUUGAGAUCUGACAUUUGAAUAUGAUGUGGGAAAAGACCCUCAAAGAGUUGCCUUAAACAGUUCGGGGAGGGAAGGUCACCACAGACUGGGAGAGAGUCACUGAGGAACUUGGUAUUAGCCAGAGUAGUGAAUUUUAGAACUUAAGUAAAAAUAUUAAAACUUCA